AAUCCUUUUUUUUUCAAUCUCUAUUCUUUUCGUUAUUCAUUUAUUUAUAUUAUUUAUUAUUAUUCUCGAUACAAUAUUAGCCUCUAGUUUGUUUUUAUCGGUCAUUCCUUUCUUUAUAAUAAUAUUUUCUCUUAAAAUACUCGAAAUAACGAUUAAUAUUUAUAUUGUCUCUUUUAUUGAAAUUGAAGAUUGAAGUAAAAAAUAAUUAUGGCGGCUGAAGAAGAAUUGAUUAAUAUAGCAAAGGAAAUGUUAAAUGAUGAUCCAAAAACCGUUCGGCUAUGCUCUAAAGGUAUGAAAGAGUUACCAGUGGAAUGCAUCAAUUUCAUUGCAAAAGAUUAUAAGCUUGAAAGAUUUGGACUUGAACAAAAUCAAUUAACUACACUUCCAAUGGAAAUUUGUAAAUUAACACAUUUAAGUUACUUGAACAUAUCUUCUAAUGCAUUCAAGGAAUUUCCUGAGGCGUUAUGUUCAAUGAACAAUUUAGAAAUAUUAGAUAUAAGUAGAAAUAAAAUUCGUAAGAUGCCAGAUGAUUUUGGUACAUUAAUCUCGUUAAAGGGAUUAAAAAUAUCGAAAAAUAAAAUAGAACAAAUACCAUUAUAUAUAGCAGAAAUGAAAGAUUUGCAAUAUUUAAAAUUGGAUGGUAAUCAAAAACUUCGUUUUCCACCUAAGUCUGUUUGUAAUAUGCCAAAGGCAGGAGAAGGAGAAGAAAAAGUAGUUAUGUUAUCUUGGUUGGAGAAUUUAAAAGAAUAUUUAAGAAAACAUUCAAAUAAUUUUUCAUUUAAUAGAGAAGUUGAGAUGGAGGAGAGUGAUCAUUCAAGCGGAGAAGAAGAUCCUGCUUUACAUAAUAAUAAAAUGUUAAAAAAGUCAGUGUCGUCAGAAAGUAUGAGUUAUUUGAUGAGCACAAGAAUGAAUGCAGGAGGCAACUUAGAUAGUUCAAAUUCAUCAUUAAAAACCAUAUCGGAGGAUGAAAAUUUAUCAAAUAAGAAAUCGCAUGAAAGAAAAAGGCCUACACCAAAAUUAAGUAUAGAUUUACCAUCCAUGAGAAGAGACCGAAGUUAUUCGAACGAUUUUGAUUCAACUAUACUAAAUAAUGUUCAAAAGAAUUUAACAAGACAUUCAAAAAGUUUUUCAACGGAUUCAAUAAGUUCAUCAUCAACAAAUGGUAAUAAUGGAAAUAAUUUAUCUCAAUAUCAACAAUAUCACGGAGGAUAUUAUAACCAUUAUCAUAAUAAUCAAAAUUACUAUAUUUUGGAAGAAAGGGAAAGUGAAAAUUAUUUUUUAAAAUUAAAAAAUAUGUCACCUUCAGAACAUUUACCGAUGAGUGAUACAUCAUUAAGAGAAGCAUCAAGAAACAUACUUUAUGCAUUUUCACAAAUACAUAAAGCACUAAGACAAUUUGCAAAUUUUACAGGAAAUGAAAAAAUAUUUUAUAAUGAAUUAAAUAAGGCUACAACGACAAUUGGACAAUUAAGCAAUACAUUAAGUAGAUUUGAUAUGGUGGCAUUACAAUCUGCACCUGAAUCUGAAUUAUGCGGGAAAUUAUUAAAUUCUUGUCAAGAAAAUAUAUUAUGUUUUAAACAAUUAAUUGAUUUAUUAAAUAAAAGAUUGAAAGGAAUAAUAGCUCAAUCAACUGAUAAUAUGAGGUAUAGCAGGACAUUAUUAAUAAUGUUAAAUGGUAGUAUAGCCGACAUUAAAUUUGCAUGGGAAAAUAUACAUCCUUUAUUAAAUGAUUAUACUCCUUAUACUGGUAUGUCGACACCAUUUCGUAGUAGAUCAAUGUCAAGAUCAAAUAGUACUGGUGGCAAUAAUGUUAUGAUUUCCGCAAGCGCAAAUAGUAGUAGUAGCAAUUUAGGUGGUAACGGAGGUGGAUUGGCAACUCCACUUUAUUCAGCUGGUUUAAAUUCAAAUGGUUCUAUAUCACCAUAUAGUUUAAAUACACCAAGUACAGGUGGUUUACCUUCAUCUCCCUAUUCACCUUAUCCUUCUUCAAAUAAUAGUGAGAAUAGUACAAAUGAUUUAGUAUCUAAUGGUGGAAGCGGAAUGGAGAGAACUUUAAGUAAUAGUCCUUUACCUGAUAUAAGAUUUUCUGUAAAUGUAUUUGAUCAAUUAAUCUCAAAAGUUGAUGUUUCUAUCAAAAAUGUUGAAAAUGUUGUAAAAAAUUUAUCUGAAAAUUUAGAUAAAAUUAUGAAUUCAACAAAUUCUGAUUCUUUAGGAGGAGGAAAUAAUGGUAUUGGUGGUGAUGAUGAAUCUUCUUUACCUUCUUUAAGUAAAAUUAGAGAAUUAAAGAAUUUAGUGAAAAAUACUAUAGAUGUUACAAAAAAGUUAAAGAAAAGUUUAUUAAUUCCUAAAUUAAAUGCAAAUAAAAAAGAAGAUUUAAGUGUACAACUUAGAGUUCAUGGUGAUUCAAUUGUCUUCUUACAGACAACAGUAAAAAUGUCAAGUUUAGCUAAAGAAGUUUCAUUAGAAUUUCCUUUACCUAAUAAAGUGAUGUCAGGUUUAGGUCAUGUAACAAAAACAAAUAUUGAUUUAACGAAUUUUCUUAGAGUAAUAGAAAAUAACCCAACAAAUAUUUCCUCACCUUCACAAUCUUCUUCAUUUAUAUCUAAUGCUCCUAUAUUUAGUUCUCCAAAUCAGUCUCCUCCUCAUACCACUAAUCAUAGUAAAAAUAAUAGUAUUAAUGAAAUUGAUGAUGAUGUUAAACCUUUUAUGAUUGUUACUGAUGAUAAUGGUGGUGGUAAAGAAAUCGUUAUUGAUAAUAAUGAUUCAGCUUUAGAAAUUGAAGUUACUAAAGCUUAUAAUGAUAAUGAAAUUAAGGAUUCUAAUAUUAAUAAAUUUGAACAAUAAUUUUAAGAGAAAUGGGGAAAUAUUUUUUAAGAAUUCUAAUAACAUUUAUAUGUUAUGUAAAAAAAAAAAAAAA